AUGGCACCGUCCGCUGUGGAGCAGGAAAGUUCUGUGUCGGUCGAAAGGGUUUUGGUAAAGCCAUGGGCCCGACCGGAACCGACAAAGGAAGACCUUGACUGGGCUCCUCUGGUGCAAAUCGAUCUGUCCCGGUUUGACGAGCCCGGCGGAAAAGAAGAACUAGCCAAGCAGCUCUAUGACGCCGUCACACGGGUCGGGUUUUGGGUCGUGGUUGGCCAUGGAAUCGAUGAUGAGCGUGUGCUACGUCAGUUCAGCUUGGGUAAUGCCUUCUUCAAGGAGUCCAUCGAGGAAAAGCGCAGUUUCCCCUGCAACUUCGCCGACGGCGAGUAUUUUGGGUAUCGUGAGAAUGAACGGUGGAUUGGAGACACGGGAGUCAAAGAUAAUGUAGAAAUGCUUAACAUUCCCAAGGCGAUUCCUGCCUGGGAAGACGUCCCCAAGCAUCGCAUCGUGCGCCAGAACUAUGAGGAGAUCGCAAGCUUCCAUCGGGAUCUCUUUGACAAGGUCCUUCGCAAGCUGUUUAUUUUGAUUUCAAUCAUUCUAGAAUUGCCCGAAGACUACCUCGCCGACGCACACGGUUAUGACGAGCGUUCGGACGAUCACUUGCGCUAUAUGAUCUAUAACACGCGCACUCGGGAGGAAUGGGCCAAGGCACAGGGCUAUACCAAAGGUGGCCACACGGACUUUGGCAGUCUGACGCUGCUAUUCUCCCAGCAUGUGGCUGGCCUGCAGAUCCGAACUCUUGAGGGUAAAUGGAAAUAUGUGAAGCCCGUGGACGGAGGGAUUACGUGCAAUACUGCCGACACCUUGUCGUUCCUGACGAAUGGUUUUCUGAAAUCCACCAUCCAUCGCGUUGUCACGCCGCCGGCGGAUCAAAUCCACAUUCCCCGUCUGGGAUUGCUCUACUUCUGCCGACCCGGGGAUAAUACAGUGAUGAAGACUGUUCCAUCGCCACUGCUGGAGCGUCUUGGGUUGCUGACCGAGGAGGAUAAAACCGACCAGCCAGUGGCCACGGGCACAGAAUAUGUGCGCGCUCGAGUUCGCGAUGUGCAUCAUAAGAAGGUGAUUGAUCGCCGGGAGAACACUUCGUUCGAGUUUAAAGGGUUGAAGGUCGCGAAUUAUUAUAGCUAG